GACCAAAAAAAAAGGCGAAGGGAAGACAGAGAAACGUGAGAACUUUUUCUUCCUAUAAAAACAAAAAAAAAAAAAUCACAAGAAUUCAUAAAAAUAGCUCUUAUCUAUUUCAGUUUGAUUUGUCUUCUUUCGGUGCCACCCCUCUUCUUUCAUUCAUACUGCAUUUAUCAGCACCACACACAGUUUUGCAUCCCAUUAAGGGGGGGAGAGAGAGAGAGAGAGAGAGAGGAUCGAUGGCUGACUUUUGGAAAACAAGAGAGUAAAUGCUUGUCCAUUUUGAUUCCUUGGAAUCAAACCCCACAUCCUCCCUCUCUCUCUCUCUCUGUACAAUCAUAUCUUUACUCACCAGUAGUUUGAUUUGAUUAUAGCCUGUUAGAGUCAGAUUUCUCUCUCUAUAAAUAUAAGCACCAUCCUCUCUCCUCUCUUCCCCGGACAUAAUAACCAAACCCAUUUGGAUUCUGGUCUUAACCCUAAUAACCAAACAAGAGCACACAAUCUCUUGCAAACACAUACACAGAGAAGUCAAAUAUAUAUACAUGGGUAUAUAUAUAUAGAGAGAGGGAUGGGAAGACCACCUUGCUGUGACAACAUCGGUGUGAAGAAAGGGCCAUGGACUCCGGAGGAAGACAUCGUCUUGUUUUCUUACAUUCAAGAACAUGGCCCUGGCAACUGGAGAUCUAUCCCUACUAACACAAGUCUGCGAAGAUGUAGCAAGAGCUGCAGAUUGAGAUGGACGAAUUAUCUUCGACCCGGUAUUAAGCGCGGUAACUUCACGGAGCAUGAAGAGAAGAUGAUUAUACACCUUCAAGCUCUUUUGGGCAAUAGAUGGGCAGCCAUAGCAUCGUACCUUCCGCAGAGGACUGACAAUGAUAUAAAGAAUUAUUGGAACACUCACUUGAAGGAGAAGCCGAAGAGGACGAAUGGCUCUGGAGAUGAUGAGCACUUGUCUACGUCAAACCCUAAUUCUCUAAAUCGCCAUCAAACUUCUUGCAAAGGCCAAUGGGAGAGAAGACUUCAGACGGACAUCAACAUGGCCAAACAAGCACUUUUGUCGGCCUUGUCCCUUGACAAACCACCAACGACACUAACAUCAUCACCAUCACCAUCGUCGUCAUCAUCAUCAUCAACACUCCAAAACCCUAGUUUCCCAAUCGACCGUUAUGAUCCAUCAUCUUUAUCUUCAUCCACCAUCACCCCCACCGCAAGCAACGCUAAUCCAUACCCGUCAGGCCUAUACACGUCGAACGCUGAGAACAUCGCUCGGUUGCUUAAAAACUUCAUGAAAGACACUCCAAAGUCGCCAUCUCCCGCGUCAGAAAUCGAACCGGCCAACGUGGCAGUAGCUCGGAGAAACCUCCGAGCCACCGUGGCGUCAAGCCCCAGCACCACCGAAGGUGGCGGAGAAGGAUUUGACCAGUCUAUCCUCGGCUUCAGCUCGGCAAACCUAAAGUCCAUGUCUAUGAAUCAGACUCAGACUUUGACACCGGAGACAAGAUCCUUCCAAGAACAUGAGACCAAGCCAACGACGGCAGACCACGGAUUAAUAUCACAAGGGGCCUUGUCAUUACUAGAGAAAUGGCUGUUUGAUGACCAAGGUCACGACAUGGUUGACCCGACAUUAGAGGGUGAAGAAGGGUUGCUCUAGCGAGGCGAAAAGGAAAAAACUUGGAAGUUAACUCAUCAAUCAAAUGUAGAAGUCAAUGAUCUUAAUUAGGGUUUUCGCGCAAGGAUACGUACGGUUUUUCUUUAAGAUCUCUCCUAUAUUGAAGAAGAACACAAACAGCACAUAAUGUGCUAUACUUUGUGCAUCGUUUUGUUGGUGCGGGAUUUAUUUGAGAUUUAAGAUUAUCAUGAAACGGAAAACUGUUC